AUGGAGUUCUUUUCGCAGACUUACAUUGCCCUACGUGGCCCAACAGGUGCUCCUCAAUCGGCCGUGGACAUCAUCGCGAAACUCAGUGAUCGAUUGUCUCCCUCAACCCUUCUGGCUGACAGACGUGCAGCAGUCCUUGCUCUGAAGGGUCUCACUCGGGAUUGCAAGGCAGAUGUUGGAGACAGGGCGCUUCCAGGUCUCAUCCAAGUCCUUCAAGAUGACGCCGAAGUCGACCCGGAUAUAGGCAAGGCUGUGCUCGAGACGUUGCAUCACCUCUGUGAGGUAGACGAGACAGCAAAAGAUAAAGAGAAGGACCGGGAGAUAUCUUUCAAACACACCGAUUAUUUCCUUAAGGACGAGCAGGCUACGCACACGUUGUUCAAGUUACUUCUCAACUCGCAGUUCUAUAUUCGCUAUUCAACCCUUCAGUUGCUGUCGACUCUCUUGCAAAACAAGCGGACUGUGGUGCAGAAUCACUUUUUGAAAGCGUCAAAUGCUGCUUCGAGUAUCAUAGCGGUUGUGGAUGACAGACGUGAAAUUAUCCGCAAUGAAAGCAUUGCUACGAUCCAUUCCUUGAUGUCACAGAGUCCAGAUAUCCAAAAGGUUCUUGCCUUCGAAGGAGCUUUUGAAAAGUUAUUUGAAAUUGUUACUCGGGAAGGCGGAAUCGAGGGCGACGUGAUAGUUCACGACGUACUUCGUUGUGUCGACGGCUUGUUGCGUUUCAACUCGUCGAACCAGGCAGGUAGUUAUUUUCGCGGGACGUCAUUGCCAGCCUUGUUAUUCUCCUUUCUACUCUUCCCCUUUAAACUCCAGCAACAGGAUGCUCCACCGCAAGAGUUUGCCUUGCAAUUCUGGGAUUCGAAGAAAGCCCACAAUGCGUCUCUGGUGGUUGGGACAAUGGGAAUGCUCAUCGGUUCAAAGGGUACCACCAGUCAGGAAACUCAUGUUUUCAUACGGUGUCUGGUAGAGCUUGCUUUGGCGUCUAAUGCACCCACAUCCCUGAAGACGCAGGCUCUUCAAUUACUCCCCAGCAAUCUCGCGUUCCCGUUGGCUGAUGUUAUAGUGACACCGUACAUGCCCGUUCCAGAAAGCAACGGCGAAGAAUGGGACAGGUUAGAACCUGCGUCUGCGCUCGACGCUCUGGUUGAGCUUGGAUUACACGGGGAGUAUAACGGGCUUUAUGGCGACAAACGUUUGAAAGAUUCCCUUGAUUUGAGGGCAGCAGCGCUGGGGGUCUUUGGUAAUUUCGUUUGUAAGGACGAGAUUAAACAGGCAAUAGUGCAGGGAAUGCUCUCCCCGCAAGAGUCGACCGACGCACCAGCGGUUUCGCCGCUGCUGCAUGCUCUUUGUCUCCCCCCAGCGUCCCCUCUGAACAUUGCAAACGUCAUGACAACACAUUUUGCGACACUCCUAUUUUCGUUUCUACUUUCUUCCUCCUCUAGGUCAAAGUCAUUAGCACGGUCAAUCAAGCCUCCCUUUUCCGGUCCGUCUGCGGAGCAGUCUCAGGGGCAAUUUUUCGUUCCUGCUGAUGCCGUGCCGGACCCUGUGAAUGUCACGGAGCCCGAGGACGAGGAUGCUCCACAAAGCCUUCUACAACUCCUGAGCGAAAACCUUUCUCUAUGUUUCCUCACACGUUCGCGAGUAGACUCGGCAAACGAGAGAGAAGUCCGAGAGUGGGACCGACUCAUAGUCUGCUACCUGUGCCUUCUAGUGCAGUGGCUAUGGGAAGAUGCGAAAUCUGUUAAGGAGUUUCUAGAUGCUGGCGGACUUGGCGUAUUGGUGGAACCGAUCAAUCAAACGGCAGAAACGGAGAGUCUUGUCCCAGGCCUUUGUGCAUUCCUUUUGGGUGUGUGCUAUGAGUUUAACCGCGAGCCAGGCGAGAUCACACGAUCGACGAUCCAUGCCAUUAUCAGUCGUUUGACAGUGGAUGCCUUGGUUGGACAUAUGACGCGCGUCCGGGAGGACGACCGUUUCAAGUCAGUUGGACCCGAGUGUAUGGUAUUAUUAUGUCCUACUUCUCCCGGAGCGCUCGCGAGUAAUCGGCGAGCCCAAGAACAAGAAGGCGAGAUAUGGUUUGACUGGGCAUUCGUUGAUUUCUGGAAAUCGAAUCAAUACGCCGUGCAGAGGGCUCUUGGUACCGAUCCAAGCAGCCUAGCCACUUCAUCAGGUCCUAGCGCGGAAUCAAUGAUGUUGAUUGAUUCCUUGCGCGACGUGAUACGUGCCCAAGCCGAGGAGAUCGAUGCGCUCAAUAGUAAGCUCAAGGAUUUGUCCGCGGGGGUCACCGAGGCGAAUGAACUCAAAUCCCAAGUGGGAGAGCUGGAAGCCGCCGUACAGGUUGCCGAAGCAAGACGGAAGAGUGUCGAGAAGGAGCAGGAAGAUUUGCUUGUGUUGUUAGAUGAGAUGAACACGAAACGAAGGCGCGAUAAGGAACGCAUGAAAGACGCUGGACUAGAAGUAUCAGAGGACGAGGAUGAAGCAGGGGAAGACGAGGAAGAUGGAGAUGAAGAGUAG